AUGCCCGCCGCAUACACCCCCGACCCCGUCGUGAACCCCGAAGACCUCGCAGCAGCCGCUCCCGUACCCAGCAAGUCGCGCGAGAACCCGGGAACGUGGGUAAAGUUCUCAAAGAAGUUCAAGGAGGAACCGCUCGUCCCGAUCGGCUGCAUCGCGACCGUUGCCGCCCUCCUCGCCGCCAGUUCCGCCCUGCAAAAGGGCAACCGAACACGAUUCAACCAGUUCCUGCGGUACCGAGUCGCCGCACAAGGAUUCACCGUCAUCGCCGCCCUCGGCGGCUCGCUGUAUUACCAGAGUCAGAGGAAGGCAGAACGCAAGGCUGAGGCGCUAGCGAGGCAGCAGGAGAUGGAGGCGUUGGGAGCAGGGGCCCAGGCGGCGACACCUCCAGCAACGGCGGCUGCAGGACCUCAAGUCUGA